AUGCCUGUUUUUAGUGAAAUUAAUAUUGAAAAAAUUGAAUGGAAAAAUAUUCAACAUUGUUGUACUUUUGUUGAAGAUGAUAUGAUUAGUCAAGAUGGUUUAUAUAAUGAUUUUAAUCAUAUAAAAUCCAAAUAUAUUGUAUUGAGAGAAAAAUACGAUGGAAUUACCAAGCAAGUUCAAUCAUUUAUUUUAUCAAAUUUAGGUACAUCCAAACGAGCUGAAGCUCCGCUUCAUGAUGAAGACAGUGCACAUGAUGAUGAUGGAUGUAACGCUACAAAUGAUUCCGAUUCUGGUUCUAAUGAUGAUGAUGAACGUAAUGCUAAAUAUCAUAAAGAACAAAAAGAGAAUCUAUGGAUCAGAAGUGAUUAUUUAUGGACCUAUUUACUUGAUGAUGAAAGAGUACCUAAUUUACAAAAAUUAGUUAAAUUUGUAUUUUCUAUUCCUGUUUCCAAUGGAUAUUGUGAAACAGUUUUUAGUCACAUGAAAUAUUUAUGGAACCAUAAUCGGAAUAGAAUGAAACAGAAUUUGGUUGGAGCUGAAAGAGCAACUUGCUCAUGGCCUGGGCAUUGUGCUGGUGAUCCAUGUACAACUGAGAACGAUUGUGAUGGAUCUAUGAUCUGCAUAACUGGAAAAUGUGGCACACCUGGCGGUACAGGAUGCACUCAACCGUGUACAUGGAUAGGACAUUGUUGUGGAGACUCAUGUCAAACUGAAAAUGACUGUGAUGGAUCAUUAGUUUGUGUUAACGGAAAAUGUAGUGCUGGGUCUUUUGGUGAUACUACUGUUCGUCCUACUGUCCGUACUACUGCUGUUACUUCAGAUGGCUCUUCUGGAACCUGUUCACCUUCAGGUGUAUUGCGAGGCACAAACACUAAUUGCAACACAGAAAAUAUGUCCGAGUGCUGUCAAGCAGGAAAAACGUAUGAUCAAUAUCGAUGCUCUCCUAGCUCAACUAGCUCAGCUAUACUCACGUUGAACAGUUUUCAAGAAGGUGGUGAUGGUGGUGGGGCAGGUGCAUGCUUUGGACGUUUUUAUCCUGAUACACAGCGUGUUGUCGCCUUGUCAACAGGAUGGUACAAUGGGGGAUCGCGAUGUGGGAAAACCAUUACCAUUAAUGGCAAUGGUAGAACGACAACAGCAGUAGUCGUUGAUGAGUGCGACUCCGUAAAUGGAUGUGAUGCAGAACAUGCGGGACAACCUCCGUGUCGUUACAAUAUUGUUGAUGGAUCUCCAGCUGUCUGGGCUGCACUAGGUGUACCAGAGAGCGAUCGUGGAGAGAUGAACAUUUCAUGGAGUGACUAA